GCGGACUUCUUUGCAAGCGGCAAUGAUGAGAGCUUCUUUUACCCAAGCUCCGCGACAACGAGGAGGCCGCAGAGAUGACAAGGAGAAAAGGGAGGAGAAGGUCAACUUGAGGAAAGAAAAAGAGAGAGGAUAGGGAGGAGGGAGGUUGUACAAAUGGAUGGUGGGUAGAUUUUGUAAUGUUCUUUAUUUAUGAGGCUGUGGGUUCAGUUUUUUUAUUGAUUUCAGUUAGUCAAAAAUCAAAAUAUUAAAAAAUUAAUAAUCGAAUCAAAUUAAAAAGAUUAAAUAACUGAACCAAUCAACUUGACUUGAUUGGAUUGGAUUUGCUUUUCAGUUAAAAACCAAAAACUGUUGAGCCCUAACGUGUUGUUUUCAGUCUAACCUUAACUAAUAAUAGAAAGACCAGUUUCAAAAAUAAUAAUAUGAAAAUCCCAAGAAAGACAAGGACCUGAGGAGGCUGUAUUUGAUCAAUCUCUGCCAUUUCAUAUUCUGAAAAAGUCUAAUUCAUCGUCUCUUCUCUCCUUUGAUUUUGGAUCUGUCUUCACUUAUAAAUACUAAUACGUGUUAUCCCUAAUUUGUCGCAAAACACUUUGGUGAGAAAGCCAUAUGCUGAGCAAUAUAUAUCUUUGCUUCUCUUAUUUGCUCGCUUCUUACUUUCUGAUUGUUUUGUGAAUUAAAUUCUUCUACUUAGACGAAAAAAUAAAAACAAAAAAAAGUAGUCAUGGCUAAUGACCAGAAUAAAAUUGUGUUGGAUGUUAAGGAUGAUAAUCAUUGCACUUCUCUUCCACCUUGUAAGGACAUUCCACGCUGUGCAUCCGAUAAGGGAGAUUCAAACUUAAGCAUCUCUGUACCUUUCAUUCAAAAGUUGAUAGCUGAGAUGAUAGGCACGUAUUUAUUGGUAUUCACCGGAUGUACAGCGGGGUCGGUGAACCUGAACUUCGACAAGGUGGUGACACUUCCAGGAGUAUCGAUAGUUUGGGGAUUGGCUGUGAUGGUCUUGAUUUACUCUGUUGGCCAUAUCUCUGGUGCUCAUUUCAACCCUGCUGUCACUCUUGCCUUUGCCACCUGCAAGAGAUUUCCCUGUAAAGAGGUGCCUGCUUAUAUAGCAAGUCAAGUCGUUGGUGCAACACUGGCAGCUGGAACGAUUAGAUUAAUUUUUCCAGGGAAGCAAGAUCAAUUUGUAGGAACAAUGCCUACUGGUUCAGACAUGCAAUCCUUUGUAAUUGAGUUCAUAAUCACUUUCUAUCUCAUGUUUGUCAUAUCAGGUGUCGCUACUGAUAAUCGAGCUAUUGGUGAACUUGCUGGACUUGCUGUAGGUGCAACAAUUCUCCUAAAUGUGAUGAUUGCUGGGCCAAUUUCAGGAGCAUCAAUGAAUCCAGCACGAAGCUUGGGGCCUGCAAUUAUGUCAUGGCAAUACAAGGGGCUAUGGAUUUAUAUUAUAUCGCCAAUUCUUGGUGCACAAGCAGGUGCAUGGUCUUAUAAUAUAGUUAGAUAUACAGAUAAGCCUCUGAGAGAGAUCACAAAGAGUGCCUCAUUCAUCAAGAGCAGAGCACGUCAUUGA